AUGUCUCUCCGCAACCUCAAAGCCACUGCCGCAGACGCGGCAUCCCACCUGCUUGAAACAUUCUCCAAUAAAUCCAUUGUCCGCCGUCAAUUUCUCGACGCAAACCAACUCCAAAAACUGGCCCUUACACUUAAUCGUCCAACACUGAGUGCCAAAGACGUAUCUGAGCAGCCGCCAAUUGAAGGCACACCUGUACCAGCGGGUUAUCAUCUCGUAUACUUCACACCAAAUGGCACAGAAGCCGAAUUAGGCGCUGACGGGAGCGAUACCACUUAUAAUGCCUCUAAGCCGUUUACGCGGAGGAUGUGGGCUGGUGGUAAGAUGACCUGGGCUAGUGACGUAUCGCUUCGUGUGGGUGACCAGGUUGAGGAGAGGACGAGGUUGCUGAGCGCGACGCCGAAGAAGAGUCGAUCAGCAGGGGAGAUGGUCCUUGUGGAGGUUGAAAAGGAGUUUUGGGGGCCGAAGGGUUUGGCGUUGACGGAUUGGAGGUCCUGGGUGUUUAGACCUGAGCUUGAUCCUAGUGCUGUGAGAGAGCAGCCCAGAGUGCUUGAGGAUGUUGCCCGCGGGCCGUCUAUCGUUAGAGAUUUGGAUCUCAAGAGUGAGGGCGUCCCCAUCAGAGAACUGCGCUGGUCGCCAGUCGGCCUCUUCAGAUUCUCAGCCCUUACCUUCAAUGGACAUAUGAUACACUAUAACCAAGACUGGACUCGCAACGUUGAAGGUCAUCCAGCUGAAGUUGUGCAUGGGCCUCUCAACCUCAUCAACCUGCUGGAUUACUGGCGAGACAUCCAUGGCAAUGGUGAAAGCCCAAGCGGUAUCACAUACAGAGCUAUGUCACCUCUGUAUGCUGGCCAGACCUAUAACAUACGAACCUCAGCGAAAAAGGAAGCUGAAGGCGAAAAGGUUUGGGAAGUUCUUGUUGAGAAAGAUGGAACGGUUUGUAUGAAGAGCGAGAUCACGGGCUAG